AUGGUUUAUGACACGCAAGAAGGAUUGCGAGGGCACACGGAGGUGCGCGUGGAACUGCAGAUGGAGCGGUGGGCGGCGCGCGGCGGCUCAGUGCGCCUGCGCUGCCUGCACGACGUGCCGCCGCACCUGCUCGACAAAGUCGUCUUCCUCCGCCAUGGCACCAAAAUCUUCCAGUACAUUAAGGACAGGAAACCGCCUUAUAGAAACUUCACCACGCCUGGAGCUGUGCUUAACGUUGCUCUGGCGACGGAGAACUCUAUAAUCCUGCAGAACCUGGACUUCGCAGCCAGCGGCAGCUACUCCUGCGAGGUCUCCCUGGACACCCCCAUCUUCACCAAGGCUUCCAGCGAGAAGCAACUCACUGUGUUCCAUCCUCAGAAGCACCACCCGCGCAUAGACUUUCCGACGCGGUUCCUCAGCUCGGGGGAGACCCUGCGAGCCAACUGCACCACUGCACCCGCGCUGCCUGCUCCGCACAUCACCUGGUUCAUCAAUGGACAGAAGAUGGACGAAGUAAUAGCUCACUCGCACAAGUACCGGGUGCCGAUGAGUGAGAGGAACGGACGCCGGGGCCUGCAGAGGACCUUCGAGCAUGAGAACCUCCACAGCACCCCCCCUACCUUCCUGACGCUUACCCACGCCUCGCAUGUCGCGACACGAUCCCCCGGCUGCAACCUCAGGGAACAUCAGAUAUCGGAAAUGAAGGAACACGAGUUCGAGGAGCCCAAUGUGAUCCACGCGACGUCCCGGCACAAAAGCCGACGCCCGGGGCGGAGGGACCUGUACGUUACCGUAUCUGAGCUGCAGCUCGUGGCCACCGGCCGCCUUGAGAUCAGCUGCGUCAGCACAAUCCCUGAGUUCCGGAGCAUUGACGACAAGUUUGCUGACGUCAGAAACGAUACUGUCAUUGUGGACGUGAUAAGACCAUCGACCUUCUCGCAACCGUCAGCCAACCUGACGGCGCCAGAAUCCAGCGACUCCUCUGCAGUCACGUCUCUCCACGCGUGUCUCCUACUUUCUUUACUAAUCCCUAGUCUACCCAUCAUCGCUUCAUAGGACAUUAACCAUAUAAUUUUAAUUAAACGGGCUGUGAUAAAAAAAAUCUUAUACGUUCAUCUAAUUAUUAUUCGCAUGAAUUGUGUAAAUGGUUGUUUGUUGCUUGUACGAUUGAUGAUGAUGUCAUGUAGACUAAAUAUUAGGUAAAAGAAAGGCCAAUGUUUGAUCGGCGUUUUAAGGCUGCAGGGACGUAUUCAUUUAUUAAAACACAGAGAAGCGGUACGAGUAUGCACCGGUACACAUCGAAAGACGACGCAGCAGUGCAGUUUCAUACAAAAUGCCGCUUCUCGCUCCAAAAUAUAGCAUGUGAGUGGAAAUCGACCAUAAUCAUAUAAUCUGCCAGUGCGAAAUUGAGGAAUACGUCUCUGUAUGGCUGCCUAACUCAUUAGGUAGUCGUAAGGUGUUCACUUAAGCUAAAUGUAGAUACGAUUUGAAACAAUUUUCAUCUAUUUUAAAAGUAUAUACCUACGU